GCCCAUUUCGUCAUAGCGAGGGUUUUUCGGCCUCUCAUCAUGCACUAUGGUCCUCUGAGGCACGGUGCCUCGCUGUUGUCUGCUCGUCUGACGUCCGUCGCCCGAGUUAUACCUCCCAUUUCCUGGGUGGACAACAUCUUUGAUUGACUUUCCGUGCGCAAGCAUGCCCAUCAUGCCGCACAUCCUCGGGGAGAAAGGAAUGCAUGAGUUCCCCUUCCCAGCGAUGGACGCGGGCAAACUGUCGCCGGCCUCCACCAACACUGACACCCUCCCUUCCGCGCCUUCCAGGCCGCGAAGCUCGUCGUCUCACACGACAUCACAGCGGUCAGAUUACUCUCCCCCGCCCCGCGUCAUACGCAACCAUGCACCUCGCGAGCGUAUUCGAGCUCCCGACCAAGGAUCCGAUUACUCCAACGCAAAAUCUGGACUCCUCGCCCGACUCCUCUCCCUCUCGCGCGAGGAACAUUCCGCUGCCCACCUGCAUACUCUUCUCGCCGUGACUACCGACCGUCUCCGCUCCGAGACUUUCCGCGCUGACGCCGCCGAAUCACGCGCGCUCGAUGCCCUGCACCUAUUGCGGCAAGCAAACCAGGCCACCAUCGCAGCUCGUGCCGACUCCGCGCGCGCGACUGAAGAGCUGAGUCUGUACCGGAUGCGCUUGGAAGAGGCGCAGAAGGAGAUCCUCAGGGCGCAAGAGUUGGUGAACAGUCUGGAGAAGGAGAAGCGUGAUGCCGAGGCGGAGGCGGCGCGGGCGAGGACGGCGGCGCGGAGGUGGAGGGAGGAGAGCGUGCUGAGGAGGGCUAGGGAGCAGGGGUAUUGGCAGGGAAGGCAGGAGGCGGCGGUGGUGAAAGGGAACGAGGAGAGGCGAUAUCGAGAGGGGAAACAGGCUGGAGGGCAGAACGAUCCACGGCGAUACGCUCGUCGUCAGACGGUCAUGAAUGAUUUAUUUGACGAAGAGGAGGAGGAGGACGAUGGUGGAGAUGACGAUGCAGGUGGGGACGAUGGUGAAAAUGACGGCAGUGAUGGCAGCGGCAGUCAACCGGAAGAGAUCUUCCCCGUUCCUCGCUCUCCUCCCGGCCAACAACCCCCUUGGCGUGUUCAAAUGCCAGCCGAUAGUCGACCUCGUCCUUCGAGACUCAGAUCUCCAAAUUAUUCUACUGCCUUCCCCGAUCCAUCAUCAAUCCUAACCAUGCUCGCACACCAGCCAUCCGAACACUGCACUCGCAUACACUAGGACCGGGACGAGCCCCCCACGACGUCUCGCGAAACUGGGAUACCCAUACCGAUAGAGAGGAUGCAGCAGCGACGCUGUCCCCAUCACAUACACACACCGCCCUUUCACAGCCUGCGCACGCUAGAGUUCGCACGGAACCCUCGACCCAUUACCAGCCAACUGACCACAAUCAAGACUACGCAUACGUGAA